AUGAGCGUACCGGAGAAAGCAGAUUUACCUGACACUCAGCAAGUCCAGGGGAGCAAUCGAUCCGCUACACCUUCCACCUUCAGCAUACUUGAAGAAAAAGAUCAGACACAUGGCGAGGUCCAAGGAAAAUUGAGUUCCAACUAUGAGGAGGACAGCCCAAACCUACAACGUGUCGAGUCCAACCCCUAUCCAACGACAACAAAGCUCGUCAGCAUCCUCAUAGGUGUCAGUCUCGCCGUGUUUUUGGUUUCACUUGACAUGACCAUUGUUGCUACAGCCAUUCCUAAAAUCACCGAUCAAUUUCAUAGCCUGCAAGACGUUGGUUGGUAUGGAUCCGGGUUCUUCCUAACAUUUUCAGCUUUCCAAUCAACGUGGGGCAAGGCUUACAAGUAUUGGGACCUUAAAGUGGUCUUCAUAAUUGGAAUUGCAGUUUUUGAGGUUGGUAGCUUGAUUUGCGCGCUUGCCCCAAACUCUACUGCGCUUAUCGUCGGAAGAGCCAUCGCAGGUAUGGGAGGGUCAAGCAUCGCAUCAGGAGCAUACACCAUUCUCGCCUUCAGUGCUCCUCCGAAGCAAGUUGCGGCAUAUACAGGAAUUCUUGGGGCCGUCUAUGCUAUUGCAUCGGUGAUUGGACCUAUUAUAGGCGGUGUUUUCACAGACAAUGCAACGUGGAGAUGGUGCUUCUAUAUUAAUUUGCCAAUUGGUGGAUUAUCAGUUGGCAUCAUAUUCUUGAUAUUCCAGACCCCGAAACAAGCUAAGCCGCAAGAUGCAACAUUCAGGGAAAAACUUCUGCAAAUGGAUUUUCCAGGCACUUUUAUCCUGAUGGGCGCGCUAGUCUGUUUGAUUCUUACCCUCCAAUGGGGCGGCGUAACAAAGUCUUGGGGAUCUGCCGAUGUCAUUGGCACUCUGGUGGGCUUUGUCACGAUCCUUGCAUUAUUCAUCGCUGUCGAGAUCUACCAGGACGAGCGUGCCUUGCUGCUUCCACGGCUGAUGAAAAAAAAGUCGAAUAUCCUCUUCAGUCUUUUUCAGGUCUUUGGCUCGUCCUCGUUCAUGAUUUUCAUGUAUUAUUUACCCGUAUACUUUCAGGUUGUCUCGGGAGUCAGCGCAGCGAAGUCAGGAGUUCGCAAUCUUCCAUUUAUCAUCUCCAUCUGCAUGAUGACGAUAAUUAGCGGCGGUAUUAUAACAGUCACUGGACACUUCAUUCCUAUUAUUUUGUUCGGCACAAUAUUGGGAACUGUAGGUUCCGGCCUGAUUUACACAUUCGGUGUUAAUACACCUUCAUCCGAAUGGAUCGGGUACCAGAUCGCAGCUGGUAUUGGUUUCGGGUUGAUCAUCCAAGUUCCAAUCAUCUGUUCUCAGGCACUGUCGACUGCAGAAGAUUUGUCUUCGGUAACGGCCAUUAUGAUGUUUUUCCAGACAGUCGGCUUUGCGGUCUUCGUUUCAGUGGGACAGUCACUGUUCACCAACAAGCUUAUUUUGUCAGCGGAGAAGUAUGUGCCAGGUGUGGAUGUUGCCAAGGUGGUGGCAACUGGUGCUACUGAUUUGAGGAAGGCUUUUCCAGCCGAGCAGCUUGAAGGCCUUAUACAUGCGUAUAUGGAUGGUCUGACCGAUGCAUAUACUAUGGCAAUUGCUAUUUCAGGUGUUUCAUUUCUGGUAGCGACGGCUAUUUUGAUACUCGAUUAUCGACGAUUGAAUCAGGAAGAGACGAAAAAAGCUGUCGGUGCCGCUGCUUAA